GUCCCAAUGCUUCCUGCUGUACUCUCCAAUGUCCCGGAUUUUCUGUUUCGUCUUGUGCCGAAUGUUAGCCUCAGUCUGUUGUCGCUACACACUGAUCUUUUCCGUGGGCACACGCCGCUACAGCUGUUUUUAUACAUCAUUCUGUUUUGUCAACGUUUCUGGUCUGUGAUGGCCAUGAGCAGCUUGGAGGGCAGUGCCACCGAGGCCGUUCCGAUCUGGACACCAGAGACUCCGAGCUGGUGCUAAGGACAUGGGACUCUCCCUCAGAGUUAGCGACAGGCUCCGCAGCACGAGACGUUACAGUGACAAACCAGCGGUGGCACAGGACUGCUGCUCCCAGAGGCUUCUCACCCCCUGUAGGACGUCACCACCACAGGCCCAGCAGCACCCAUGACAUUCAAUUCAGCAUGGAAAAAAGGUGUUUCAGUUUGUUCUACGAGAGAGUCUGACCACCAAUCAGAGACCAUUAUGAUGACCACCAAUCAGAGACCACUAUGAUGACCACCAAUCGGAGACCACUAUGAUGACCACCCAAUCGGAGACCACUAUGAUGACCACCCACUCGGAGACCACUAUGAUGACCACCCAAUCGGAGACCACUAUGAUGACCACCCAAUCGGAGACCACUAUGAUGACCACCCAAUCGGAGACCACUAUGAUGACCACCCAAUCGGAGACCACUAUGAUGGAUCCUUUUCUAAAAGCCGGACCCCAGUAACAGCAGUGUUGUAUAGAGACUCUCUGUAAGCUGUGCGUCUGAUGAGGAUGUCUGAUCCUGUUACUGUAAAGGACAUCAGUAGGACUGAGACCAUGAAGGUUUGUGAGGCUGGAGUGGAGCUGGAGGCAGCAGACUGGACCGGAACCACAACACUAGGAGCAGACAGCAGGCGGAACGGUGUGAAGGACAAACCCAAACAGGCUGGGAGCCUGGUGCUGGAACACAAUGCCACCGGUCACCAAGACGGAAGCUGCUGUGACAACAAGAGGGAAACGUCACAGCAGCAGUCUCCUGUAUCAGCUGGCCAGCCCGUGAGGGGCUCUAAGUCCAAGGCCAAGGUAAAGUUAGUACGGAGCCUGGCUGUCUGUGAAGAGUCCUCUCCUCCCUUUCUAACUGCACACCAGCUGACACCAGAUCCUCAGAUAUCCCAGUCCUUUGAUAAGGAGGAGCUGUCUGCCAAGGAGGAGAAAGAGAAGGUGGAGAAACCAGAGAAGAUACCCAAGAAAAUACUGUCAAGAGAUUCCAGCCAGGACUACACAGACUCUACUGGAAUAGACCUGCAUGAGUUCCUGGUCAACACUCUUAAGAACAACCCCAGAGACAGAAUGAUGCUGUUGAAGUUGGAGCAGGACAUUCUGGAUUUUAUCAGUAAUAAUGAAAGCCAGAAGAGGAAGUUCCCUCCCAUGACGUCGUACCAUAGAAUGCUGCUACACCGAGUGGCUGCCUACUUUGGCAUGGAUCACAAUGUUGACCCCACUGGGAAGUCUGUCAUCAUCAACAAAACUAGCAAUACAAGAAUACCAGAUCAAAAAUUCUCAGAACACAUAAAAGACGACAAAACAGAUGAUUUCCAAAAACGCUACAUUCUCAAAAGAGACAACGCCAGCUUCGACCGGGAAGACGGCAUGAUACGAAUGCGCCUGAAAGACGACAGGAGAAGCAAAUCUAUCGAGGAGAGAGAGGAGGACUAUCAGAGAGCCAGGGACAGGAUAUUUGCACCAGAUGGAGAUCAUUUCCAUCUAGAUGGAAGGAGCCCUGAUGAAGAGGCUUGUAUCAGCACACAACAGAGACGGCAACUCUUCAGACUAGGGGACGGGCGAUCAGCCAGCAGUAGACAGAGCAGCUCUGAAAAUGACCCCAAGAACUGUGAUGCCCGGCCGUGGAGCAGCACUGAUUCAGACAGCUCCAACCGUAACCUGAGGCCGACCAUGACCAAGGCCAGCAGCUUCAGCAGCAUCUCUGUCCUCAUCAGAGGAGACAGCUCAGCCAGCAGCAAGAGCACCGGACGCCUCUCCAAAACAGGUUCUGAGUCUUCUAAUAGUGUAGGGUCUUCUACGAGUUCCAUCUCUCGCCCCCAAGUACUCCACCUGCCUCUCCCUGUCCCAGCUGCUCUAACCCAGGCAGCCGGCCCUGUCAGGGGCCCCAGCACGCUGCAACCAACACCUUCCUCCUCCUCUGCCUCCUCCGCUGCCACGGCCCCCAGCUGUAGUAGGACUUCUGUGCACUGUGAUCGGGGCAGCAGGAAUGGCCCGGCGCCUGCAUCCGGCCCAGCGCCAACCCAGGCCACUGCUAAUGCUACUAGUUACUAUUUUCUUCCCCCGGAAGCCACAGGGAUACCGCCUGGCAGUAUACUGGUCAACCCACACACAGGCCAACCCUUUGUGAACCCUGAUGGCAGUGCUGUGGUCUACAACCCCUCGAUGACCUCACAGCAAGUUGGGAGGAGCCAGCAGCCCUUGGCCCCUCCCCUACCAGCCCCGCACCAGCCAGCCAAUCACGUCCUCUCCCAGCCGGUUCGGCAUCUCCAGCCCUCUGCUCCACAGCCGAUCCAGUACUCAACCAUCUCUUACCCUCCUCCUCAGUUCCUGCCACUCUCCCCUAACCAACACUACACUUUGCAAGAAGGGCUUGCUGCCCAGUUCAGCCACAUGAGUGUGGUGCGCCAGGCGUCCAGCGACGGCACGAACGGCGGCCCCCACCCUGCCAUGUACCCCUCGGGCCCUGUGGUGCUCCAGGGCCCCCUGCAGCACCAGCAGACUGGCUACAUGGUGGCCCCUCCAGGGCCCCCUGUGGUGGGACAAACCCAGGCCUACCCCACCCCCGGCCCUGCACACCCUUUGAGCCAGCCGGUCAUGCAGCAACAGGGCUACAUGCCACAGCAGAUGCACACAUGUUACUGUGCUCCAGCCCAGGACCCCCACUCCAACCAGCACUAUCGCCCUGUCAGCCCCGUGCACUACACCAGCCCCCAGAACCAGCCUCUACCCCAGCAGCCAGGUUACCAUGCUGUGAUGCCAAAUCAGCCCCAGGGCCCUCAGCAUCAGAACCUGGUGAACAACCAGCAGCACAGCAAUAUGGGAAAUCACAUGACGGCCUUCAUGGUCCAGUACCCUUCAAUGCCGUCUUAUCAGGUAUCAAUGUCCCAGGGCUCUCAGAACAUGCCUCCACAUCAGCAGGCAUGUCAACAGCCAAUGAUGAUCCAGAGCCAUCCAAGCCAAGGUCCCAUGGCCAUGUCAGGCAUGCAGGUCUACUACAGUGUCAUGCCUCCAAAUCAACACAGCACCAUGAGUUCAUCGAUGGGUUUCUUACCACCUCCUGGGGCAGAGCAGAUGCAGUUUCCCCGGGCUUCGUCUCCGUGUGGAACCCAGCAGCUACCAGGACAGCAGUGUGCAGGUGUGCUCCCCGGUCCUCACAGUGGUGGUAUGGUGAUGAUGCAGCUGACCCUGCCCCCUAACCACCAGCCCAGAGCCCAUUCCCCUCCACAGUGGAAACACAACAGAUACUACAGUCUGGAUCACACACGCAGCCAGAGGUCCUCAGAACAACUAGACCACUCACAGAACAGUCCCCAGCUGGGUGGCCCCAGCACGCCUCCGGCACAGCCCCAAGCCCCAACCCAUCAACUCACCUCCAUAAAGAACCUCCGCUCGGCCGGCCUCACCCCCAUCCCCAUAAUGACCCAGUUCCCCAGACCCUUCGGCCCAGGGCAGGCAGUGGACGGCAGAUACCCAUUACUGGGUCAACCCCUCCAGUACAACCCUGCCAUCAGGCCUCCGCUGAUCCACGGCACACACCACAUGGUCCCCAACCACCACCACCACGGCCCAAUGGGAAUCCGGCAUCAUGGGGGUCGAGGGAAGAGACCACCGCCUAGGAAGUCAUUAUCAUCAGAUCUUAGUGUAGGUGACCCAGUGAACGGUGGAGUCCUGGAGGUGCUGGAGCUACCAGAGGGCAUCAGUCGUACGGAGGCAGACUCUCUCCUGGGGGAGCUGUACAGAGGAGGGGCCAUGAUCAAGUGGUUGUCUGAGACCCAACAGCACCAACACCAGAACCAGUCUGGUGAAACCCUGCUGAAGCACUGUGGGGCUGGGGGGGACAGUAACAACGGUGACACAAACACUGACACUACUUCCUGUUCCAAACCCCCCAGUAGUAACCAUAAUGACCUGGCGUCCACUUACACCAUCCUGGCUGUGUUUCCCUCCAGGUACGCAGCUCAGAACGCCUUGCUCAGACACAGUGGCCCUGCCGGCCCUGGGCCCCUCCUUACCACCACGUACAAACUCAGAACUAGCAAGAGACACUCUGAUGAGUUUCACAACCUGGAGAGGACCAGCUCUCAAUAGCAGGUUGGGAUGCUCUAGCCAGCCAACCUGGAGAGGACCACCUCUCAAUAGCAGGGUGAGGUGAUAUGUUACGAGGGCUCCUGAGAGAUUGUUCUAGGGGCUCCCACGGGGUGCUAUGAGGGGCUGCCCGUCAUGGGCCCUCGCCAUGGCCCCUCCACCCCACCACCACCUCCUCCACUGCUGCCAUCGGCCAACCAACCAGACACCCCUCUUCUGCAAGCAUCACUCACUAGUCUCCACUUCCCACCGGACUGACAGACAGACUGAUGGAGUAUCACUUGGUUGGCAUUAUCUAACAGCUUUUUCACUUGUUGUAGAGGCUUUCUGGGAAUGUGUUAAUGCCUUUGGAAUGUUCUCUACUUUGUGAGAUGAAAAUGUGUAAAAAGGAUCUGACAACACACCAAUGUUGAAACACAAAGACACAGACAGAAAAACAAGAAUAAAGUUCCAAAAGUGUGAUAUUAUUUUAUUUGCAGACAGAACAUGGUAAAGGAGCAACAUGUUUUAUUUAGUUUUAUGUUUGUUAAAAGCUGCAGUCAGAACACCCAAAGCAGGGUUGUACUCAUUCAUUACAAGAGGAUAAAAUACCAAGUGUCUCUCAUUGGACAAGAGUGUCUCUUUGGGCCGGAUUCUGAUUUGAGAUCUGCGAUGGAUAACUCCAGAUUUCAGUUUAAAAUGUCCCAUUGACGUAAAAGCUUGAUUUACACGAAAGCCUGAGUUGUGCCGGUGUAUAAUAUGAAGUUAGGAUUCGGCCCGUAGAGUCACUCCUGUUAGUCAGUUGGUGUGCUACUACAACAGCAGAUUAGGGUCUUCUAGAACAAGGAUGUGUUCCAAAUGGCACCCCAUUUCCCUAUACAGUGCACUACUUAGGUCCCAUAGGGCUAUGGUUUUAUGAGCCCUAUGGGACCUGGUCUAAAGUAGUGGACUAUCUAGAGAAUAGGGUUCCAUUUGGGACUUAGCCCAACAGAAUGUUUUUUUUUUUUGUGCCUUCUAACUGGACUCUGGUGCCACUAUCCAUCCCUCUCCCAAACACCCCUAAAGACAAGAUACCCCAUCCAAUUCCAUUUGUAUAAACUCUGGCCCACCAAUUUCAUUCACAAUAAAUCAUCACUGAUAUGGUAGCUAAAUUAUUCUGACUUUUCUACUUUGUAAAUGGUAUCUUUGCACUGGCACAAGGGAGAAAUGUUUGUUUUGGUAGUGGUUUAUCGUUUUUAAGUUAAGAUGAGAAGAACCUUGGUGCAUCUCAUUGAUGGUUUAUUCUAUUUGAGCUAUUUUAAAAUGAAUGGCCUUCUCACCAACCUCCAACCCUCUCUGUUCAGUCCACCCAUUCCCUGGUUCCGUAUCAAAUGGCACCCUAUUCCCUAUGGGCCCUGGUCAAAAGUAGUGCACUAUAUAGGGUGGCCAGGCCAAAUUCCUUUCAUGUUUAGUUCGUUUUACCAUUUGUAUCCUAUCAGAAGGGUCACUGGAAAAGUAUGCAUUAUUCACAACACACCCCCAACCCCAUCAUACCCAAACAUUUCUAUUUAAGAUGGUUGUUGAUGGUGGAUUCAGGAGAGAUGUACAGUCUGCUGGUGCAAGAUGUUUUCAUUUCUGUUUGAAACCAAUAAAUGUUUACACCAAAA